AUGAGCUGUGAGCUGGUAGUGAACACGGUCGAAAGGCCAAUGUUUACAAAACUAGUGACUCAGCCCCUUCAUGGUGGGCCUAAUGCCUGGGAUAAAGACCCUGUUGUGAGGGACGCUGAGGGCCCCGGCAUCCUGCCACAAGGCACAGCCAGACAUAAGUUAUCUUUGGCGUGCGGAAGACGUGUGCCCGCAAAAUCACGCUUGUUACCUAGUAGCCUCCGCUCUGCGCACAGCUACGUCGCCGCCAUCACCAGCACAUCAACCCGCUCACCGCUUGGCAGAUCCACGCGUGUCUCUGUGUGCAACCCUCGCCGUAAUGACCCUCCAAGGCCCUCGCCACUCGCUGCCCCCCUUGGUCGCGCCCCCGCCUCUUCGAAUCAGCAGCUCUCGUCCAUCCCUCCUCCCCCGCCCCUCCGUGACGCCGCCCACACCACUUGGCUCACCUACCAACACUUGGAUCAAGCAGCUAAUAAGAUAGCCAGGUAUUUGGUGCGGCGUCUCACCGGCGGGCCGUGUGCCAACCCCGAUGGUGACAGAGUGGUGGCAGUCUGCCUCCCGCCCUCCUCCCGCCUUGUCACCUGCCUGCUGGCCAUACACAAGGCUGGCGGCGCCUACCUGCCCUUGGAUGCCGCCUUCCCCGCCGGCCGUGUGGCGCAUAUCCUGAGGGACGCCCGCCCCAGCCUUCUGCUGGUGGAGGAGUCGUGCGAGGCAGCGGAGGUGGCACAGGAGGAGGGCGUGCCUGUGUUCAACUUCCAAGACCUUCACGAGGAGGUGGAAGCAAUGAGUGGAGAUCACCUAGGCGAGGAGGAGGUGGGACUGUGCCUCACAGGGGACUCCAUCGCCAUCAUCCUGUACACCUCAGGCUCCACGGGGGUGCCCAAGGGGGUGAGGGUGCCGCACAGGGCCGUCCUCAACCGCCUGGCGUGGCAAUGGCGGACCUUCCCCUACCAGCCAGCAGAGGUGUGUUGCUUCAAGACAGCUCUCACCUUCGUGGACUCCAUCAGCGAAAUUUUUGGUCCUCUACUCACGGGUCACAGCCUCAUAGUGGUGCCCAAGGCCAUGAUCCAAGCCGUGGACGAUCUGGUGUCUGUGCUGGACGAGGCCAAGGUGGGUCGUCUGGUACUCGUGCCAAGCCUCUUGCGUUCUAUCCUCCUGCACUGCUCCUCCCCCACCGCCCCCAAGCUGAAGGCACUCAAGUUGUGGGUGUGCUCGGGGGAAGUGCUGUCCGCGGACCUCCUCCAGAUCUUCUUCACCACUUUCACCAGCGGGCAGAGUAUCUGCAACUUCUUCGGGUCCACUGAGGUGAUGGGGGACGUGACCUUCCUACAGUUCCAUGGCCCCGGCGACGCCUCUGCCAAGCUGGUCAACAACAAGGUCCCUAUUGGCUACCCAAUCGACAACUGCGGCAUCUACCUCCUGGACGCUGACGGCAGACCGGUGCGCGAGGGCAAGAUGGGGGAGCUGUACGCCGCUGGCCUCAACACUGCCAAGGGUUACGUAGGAGGCGCGCAGCCAGACAAGUUCAUCGCUAAUCAACACACAGCUGACCCAGAGUACAGCGUCCUGUACCGCAUGGGAGACUAUGCCAUGGUAGUGGACGGAGUGCUGGUGUUCGAGGGACGCGCCGACUCUCAGAUAAAAGUACGGGGCCAUCGCGUGGACAUGACCGAGGUGGAGAUAGCAGUGAAGAAGGUCGAGGGCGUGGAUAAGGUCACCAUUAUCUGCUACAAACCCGGCGAGGUCGACCAGGCUCUCCUCGCCUUCUACACGAGUAACAGCAACCCCGCCCUCGCGCCUGACGACCUCAAGCACGCACUGACGAGCCUCCUUCAGCCCUACAUGCUGCCCCAGGUGAUCUGCCUUCAAGACUUCCCUCUACUGGUGAACGGCAAGGUGGACCGUCAGGAGCUGCUCAGGAUGUACGAGCAACGGGCGGCAGGAGGCCUCGAGGACGUGCAGAUAGACGUGACGGGCGUGCAGUCAGCGGAGGAGGAAGCGAUGGCCCGGGUCUUGCUCCUGACACUGGGUCGCGUGCUGGGUCCCGCCGUGGCUAAAGGAACGACUCUCACCCUCGAGUCGAACUUCUUUCACGUGGGAGGCAACUCUCUCAACUCCGUCCUGGCCGUGACUUCCCUCAAGGACAGCGGCUACACUGUCGGAGUGGGCGAGUUCAUGAAGGCUGCGUCACUGCGGGAGGUCCUACACAGCAUGAAGAAGGUGUCACAAGAAGAGGAGGAGGAAGAGGAGGGUGGUGGUGGUGGUGGUGGUGUCUGCUCCCGCUCCCUGACCACUAAGAAACAGUACAGGAGGGAGGCACUCGCCCACCACCAUAAGGAACAGGUCAUAACCCUCAUCUCGACCACCUUCUCUGCAAAGGGUGACCUGGAGAUGUGGAUUCACACAGAGCCAUGGGAAUAUGUCAAGGUACUCGACUUCAUGUACGACGCACUGAUAGAGCACGACCUCAGUUUCGUGUACACGCGGAGGGACGCAGGAGGUGGUGGCCUGUGCUCUCAACUUUGAUUUAAGGAAGGAGCCGUCUAUUGAGGAAGUUGUGUCCCCGAGGCUAUGCUACAUAUUGGACUACCUCGAGGACGAAGAGGCUCCUGCCAGAGAGAGUCUACCUGAGGAGGCUGGUCAGGUGAUUCACAGCUUCGUAAUGGGCACCUUGAUCUCCCCUUGGCCCUGCAGAGAAUGUCGAAUUAAUACAG